CACGCCGCCGCCCGUCUCCUUCGUCCUCACACGAUGGCCUCCUCUCUCACGAUGCGCUCCGCGCUCGCGACGCCGCUCAAGGCGUCCGUCCCCUCCCGCUCCUCCGUCAAGGCGAACGCCGGCCUCAAGGUGUUCGCGCGCAUGACCAAGGACCGCGUCUCGCUGAAGAAGGACUCGAAGUGGCGGUCCGACAUCGAGAUCUACCCGGAGUGGGGCGAGUUCCCGUCCGCGGAGCGCAUCUCCCCCGUCGGCUCCCUCACGUACGACGAGUACAAGAACAACGUCUCCGCGGAGAUCAUCCACGGCCGCUUCGCCAUGCUCGGAGUCACCGGCGCGUGGGCGCAGGAAAACCUCGUCGGCACGCCGUGGUUCAUGGCGGGCGAGGAGUGCACGUUCGACGAGUGCAACCUCUCGUACCUCAACAACGAAUUCACGCCGUCGUACGACGGCGCGCUGAUCGGCAUCAUCGCGAUCGAGGUCGCGCUCAUGGGCUACGUCGAGGGCGCGAGGACGGGGCUCAUCGAGAACCCCUUCGACGACGUCGUCGCGGGAUCAGUGUUCCCCGGCGGCCGGUUCGACCCGCUCAACUUUUCCGAAGGCAAGGAGGCCAACUUCUUCGGCGAGGAUCUCGACACGCUCAAGAUCAAGGAGCUGAAGCACUGCCGCCUCGCGAUGCUCGCGUGGCUCGGGAUCCUCGCGCAGUCGGUCUCCACGAACCCGGGCGGCGCGGGCCCGGACGCCGUCGGCCCCGUCGCGAACUGGUCCGCGCACGUCGCCGACGUCGUGCACUGCAACGUCGUCGACCGCUCCGGGUGCGUGUUCUGAGUCGGUCGACCGAUCGAUCGGUCGGUCGGAUGGCCGGUAGGGUGAGUUUAGAACGAUUGGAUGGAUGCGUGGACGGACGGACGGACGGGCGGACGGACGGAUGGACGGACGGAUGGAGGACGACGCGACGGAGAGGGACGUCGCCGCGCCGUCCGAUCCGUUCCGUUCGGCGGAGGGACUAAGAUAUUAUUUUCGCGGGGGUCGACGGCGGCGCGGGCCCGGCGGUUCCCGGGACCGCGCGCGAGCGUCGACGCGCGCCGAGUUUUUUUGUGCAUAAUCGCUAGCUAGCCGUGCGCGAAUCGAAAUCGAAAUCGCGCGAGCGAAUGGAACGUAGUAGAAGCGCGUUGUAAGAACACGCGCGAGUGAUAAGG